UGUGACACGGUUUGUUUGUUUCUUGCUUUAUAAUGUGCGAGUGUUUAUUGAUGUUGUUUGCUUAUUAUACUUUAUGGUUUAAUACUAUGUGUGUGUGAGUUUGUGUUAUUCUGCGUGAGCAGUACUCUCCUUGUCACAGAGGGUCACGUGACGUAGCGCACCUCCCUUAAUCAAUGUGCAAAUAUUAAUGUGCAGCAUCUGCCUCCUGUAAUUGUGAGAUGACACAUAGGUGCACACCUACACCCGCUGUCCGCCGCUGGUCCACAUCGUCUGAGUCUUUGUGAACACUCGGUGGAAAUCAGUGUCUGCUUCCCGGGUGCACCCUGCUUGCUACCUGCAGCAUCUCUCCACCAUGAGAAAGUACUCCCUGGUUAGGGGCUGCUACCACCCCGUCAACAGAGGGCGCUGGCGCUACAUUCGCUGCCUGUGCCUCCUCGUCUUCGUCUUCUUCACCAUGCUCUUCCUCCUUCUGGCCUCUUGCAGGCUCAUACCACGUGACAUGUACCACGUGACAGAUAUCGAGGAUGCCCUCUUCUUUGACUGGAUGCACGGAGACUACUUCCGGUUGCGCGUGGAAGAGGAGCAGCAGAGCGUCACCGUUCCCAGCAUCAUCAUCAUUCAGCCCUCGCCCGACGCUCCCACCUCCUGCACCAACGACACCUACAUUGUUGCUCUGGUUGCCUCCCUUCCAAGCGAGGCCUCCAGCAGACACACGGUACGAGUCACGUGGGGUCAAGCUGCCAUCACACGCACCUGGCCUGCCGCCGUCAUCACGGCCGAGGUCAGACUCUUCUUCUUCCUGGGCAAGCCCCGGACAGACGCCGAGCUGCAGUGGAUCCAGAAGGAAGCAGAGGAUUUCCAGGACCUCGUGGUGAUGGACUUCGAGGACACCUACAGGAACCUCACCCUCAAGACCCUGGCGGGGCUGAAUUGGAUCAGCCAGCACUGUUCGCAAGCCAGCUUUGUCCUCAAGGCCGACCAGGACACCUUUGUGCACAUACCUCGCCUCUUGACCCUGCUGUACACCUACCAGAAUGUCUUCCGCAACGCCUUGCUGGGGCAGGUCAUGUACAACCCACCUGUCGUCACUUCCGGCAAGUGGGCCAUUACGGAGGAUGAGUACCCUUUCAGUACCUAUGCCUCCUUUGCUAGUGGCCCUUGUUAUCUGCUGGACAAUACCGUGGUCCCUGACCUGCUGGUGGCCUCCCGAUACAUGCCCUACAUUCCUUUCGAGGACGUGUUCAUGGGCUGCCUGGCCAAGACCAUCGGACUCUCUCGACUCCGCGUGGAGCCUUUCUUGAUUGACCAAUUCCACAACAAGUCCUUCUGUAGCUUCACGCAUGACAGGGAUAGUCACAUUGCUCUCACCUGUCUGUCCAGCAGGCAGAUGGUCGGUGUGUGGGAGGUUCUGGGCCAAGACAGACAGUUGUGCUGACGGCAACAGCGGUUCCACAGAAGAUUUCAGUUUAAAAAUCACAACGAAUAAGGAGUGUCGUGCUCACAGACAUGCAGUGGCCAUUGAGGAGUACUCAUGGUUGCAGUGUGGUUGUAGUGGUAGUCAGGACGAUGGUGAUGGCUAAGAAUGAGAGGGAAUGGUAACGUUUGGGAAGACUGCGAAGUUUCUGAGUAAAUCUUCAUUUCCCUUCUCUCUCACUCUGCUUGCUGUCUGGCGCACAUACACAAUGAGCUAGUGGAGGUGGGUGAGGUAGUGUUUGAGCGACAGGUAGAAUACUUGAGAGAGAGAGAGAGAGAGAGCGAAAGCCAGUGAGUGAGAGACGGAAAGGAACAAGUAGAAAGAGAAGAAUAUUGAAAGAGUAGAAUAUUGACAAUGCAGCAUGAUUCCAAGUUGAAAGGGAAUGUUACUGUCUGUAUUUUUAUCUGUUGCACUUUGCAUACACUCGAUCAUUCAGGAUUAACUGUCAAUCAAUGUUAAUCUUUUUAGGAACAAAAUGUGUCGGUGUCGUGAGAUGUUGUAUUCUUUCUUCUAGUCGUUCAGUCGUUCUGUGCUGUGUAAGACAUUGUGUAAACCAUGUAUAGCGCACGCAAGUCUUACAAAGUCAUCGAAACAGCAGGGAAUGGUCUCUAACUUGUAGUUGUGCUUGCUGUGUGAUUAAAUAAACAAGUUUUAUGAUGUGA